AACAAUUGCCGACAUGACGAUCUGCAUUCUUUUGCUACUUUUAACGUUCUUAAUUGUAGUUUAUAAAUACGUGUCUUCCAAUUAUCAAUAUUGGCAGAAACGCGGAGUUCCACAUUUACCAGUGUCUCUCCUAUUUGGAAACAUGGGAGAAAGUUUAACCGGUAGUAAGUCGUUGGGACAAAUUUGCGCGGAAAUUUACAACGCGUUUCCGAACCACACGUAUGUAGGAUUCUAUAAAUCGCGAACCCCAGGAAUCGUUGUGAGGGAUUACGAACUGAUUAAAGACAUUUUGAUUAAGGACUUUAAGAAGUUUCACGACAAUGAUUUUUAUAUCGACGAAAAAGUCGAUCUGAUAAUGGGAAAGAAUGUUUUUACGUUGAGAGGAGAGCAGUGGAAGCAAACUAAAAGUCAACUAUCCCGCUGUUUCACUAGCAAAAAGCUGAAAACGAUGUUCCCAUUAAUGGAUGAAGUGGGAAAAGCUAUGAUAACGUAUUUAAAUAACAGACAAGAAAAUAACCAGUUGGACGGAUUCGACGCCAAAGAACUGGCUUCGGCCUUUGCAGUCGAUCUCAUAGCAAGUUGUACAUUUGGAGUGGCAGGACACUCGUUUGACAGCAAAAAAGGGGAACUGAAAAAAAUGGUCGGCGAAAUGUUUCCACAAUCUACUAUAAUUGCAUUGAAACACGUUAUCUUCUUCGUACUACCGUCACUUUCAAGCUUCAUCGAAGUUAGAGUGUUCCCAGAGAAACUAACCCGAUAUGUACGAAAUAUGGUCACUAAAACAAUAAGAUACAGAGAAUUGAAUAGCAUCGUAUAUGGCGAUUUUCUGGAUAUUAUCCGAGAACCAAUAAAAGAUAGUCGUCCCUUCACAGAGGACGAUCUAACUGCCCAUGCUGGAGGCUUCUUUGGAGAUGGUGUGGAAACCACUUCCAUUGCUACAAGUUAUAUACUGUACGAAUUAGCAGUUCACACUGACGUGCAGGAAACACUUCGGCAACAGAUCGAUGACAUUCUGUCCAAACACGAAAAUAAGUUUGAUUACGACAAUAUACUCGAACUGGAGUACCUGGACAAUGUUCUUCAAGAAACGUUGAGACUACAUCCGCCUUUCCCAUACAUGGCAAAAAUUUGUACAGAAACAAUCCAGUGGCCUUCUCCCUUAGGUCUGGGGAAGGGACCAAAUGUCACCUUGACGAAAAAUAUGCCCAUUUUCAUACCGGUCUACGGCAUUCAACGCGAUCAAAAGUUUUAUUCAGAUCCCAAUCAGUUCCGACCGGAAAGAUUUUCAACCGAAAACAAAGGCAUUAACCGUCCUUUUUUGUCGUUUGGUAGCGGACCAAGGCGAUGUUUGGGUGAGAGGCUGGGGCACAUUCAGGUGAAAAUCGCAAUUGCGUACAUCGUAGCUAAUUUCAAAAUCACUCUAAACAAGAAGACUAUUCUGCCGUUAAAAAUUGAUCCCAAAUAUUUUCUAAUGGCUCCCAAGGGUGGUAUACACGUUAACAUUGUUAAGAGAGAUGAAAUAAAAUGAGCUGAUACCAAAUUCGAAGUCGCCGUUCAUCUUAGGUUAGCUAAAAUUAGGAAUUACACAUAAUUACAAUACCAUGAGAAGAAAGACUGCAGGGAUUUAGAAGGGCCUGAAACUUUCAAACUGCCAAUUUAAGAAUCCAGGAAUUUUUGUGGAGUGGCACAGGCGGCCUUGCACAAAAAUUCCUUGUUCACUAUUAUUUUUGAACAAGUCAUCUAUCUGCUGAUCAAUUUUAAGCGUUGAUCUUACUUUCAUACUCUAAUAUGAAGACAACAUUUAAUAAAAUUAGAACACUUUUAAAUUGUUCUUAUGGAUGUGUUGCCAACUUUCCGCCUUGUAUUGGAUAAAUUUUGACAUUUAGAAAACCACUUAAAUUGGAGUUGUUACAUAAAAAUUAAAUUCCCAUUAAAUGUUAUUUU